AUGAAACUUCUAAAGGUGGUUAGUCAAUACAGUGUCAUUGUUGAGGCUCCAGAGGAAUCAUACUGCUCUCGAUCUGGUGUAGCUGACAAGAUUCAGAAAUUCACAUAUUCCCAAGUUUUCAGCGAGAAAACAAAUCAGCACACGGUUUUUAGAGAAGUUGUCCUGGAUCGUGUCCGCGAAUUCUUAGAGGGCCUUAACAGCCUCGUUUUUACCUAUGGCACAACCAGUUCCGGAAAGACUUUUACGUUGCAUGGAACUCUAACUAAUGUAGGAAUCAUCCCCAGAGCAUUGGAUGUUAUAUUCAACAGUAUUAAGCACCAUGCAGAUGUUACAAUGGUGCCUAAGGACUUCUCUGAUAUUACCAGGCUAACGACAAUGGAAGCCGAAAAAAUAGUUAGGGAAAAAGAUCGCCUACUAAAGUUAGGAAAGAAUAUAGCUGAGGAGAUUGUUGGGAAAGGCGAUCCCAAUGAAGAUUCCACAGAAAGUUCUGUCGAUGCUUGGGCUAAACUCCUCGCCCCAGACAGAUCGGCUCAGUCGGAUCCUAGUAAUGUUUCUUCUUGGGAGAGGGAAUCACUCUGUGUUCCUGUUGCUUGUCGUGACGAUCUUCGUUUUACUCUGUGGAUUAGUUAUGCUGAAAUUUAUAAUGAAAUCGCCUAUGAUCUUCUAGACCCAGUUCAAUGCGCCGCUAGCAUCACUCAAGCACCCACUUCCGUUUCUUAUUGCCAGAUUACUGGCUUUACUAUUGCUUCUGCAGGAGUCAAUGGCGGGUCUGCUACCACACAAUCACUCUCUCAUCAGCAUGUGUCAAACAGUAUCCAGAACAUGUUUAGCAUUGGUUCUUGCGGAUCGAUGGGAUUUGGUCUUUCUAGUAGUUUGGCUGGUGCCACUCGAUCUCGUCGAACUCCUUUAGACCUUCGGACAGAUAAAAAUGGGAAUAUUUUCAUUAAAGGCCUUCGCUGGUAUCCUAUAUCUUCACCAGAGGAAGCUUUUCGUCUACUCCUGGUGGGUCGUCGUUGCCAACAAGUCGCCGCUACGCGUUUAAACCAGGCUAGCUCACGAUCGCACAGCAUUUUUACAAUCAAGGCCGUUCGAGUCGUGGAUAAGCAAAAUCCUCAAUUCGCACGUAUCUCAGCCAUAUCUUUCUGCGAUCUUGCUGGCAGUGAGCGUUCUGAAAAGGCAGCCACUGGUGGUCAGAAUGUCCGACUUCGUGAGGCAGGGAAUAUUAACACUAGUCUCCUCACUCUCGGUCGCUGUGUCGAAUUCCUGCGCUACAAUCAGACCCAUCGUGAUAAUCCGAAAUUAGUUCCUUAUCGAGAUUCCAAACUCACUCGACUCUUCCAAGGCUUCUUUACAGGCCGUGGAAAGGCCUGUAUGAUUGUGAACGCUUCGCAGAAUCCUUCCCUGUUCGAUGAGACCUUACAUGCUCUGCGUUUCUCUGCUUUGGCUCGCGACGUUGUGGUUAGGCCAAAUCUUAUCCGUGAGACCGCUCUUCAGGCACCACAGUCCAAAUCUAUUGUUGACAAACGUGGAGGGCAACGCACCCGCUUUGUUAAGCCUCAACAACCACCUGUCGAUCGCCGUGCUAGGCCGAAGCAUGACUAUGUUACUCAAAGAUACGGCCCUAAGAAAGAUGAUCACACACCGGCAAAGCCACCACGAACUCCUAACACCUCAUUUGGCCUUCGCACUCCAGUUCCAUCUCGUCAUUUUCGACUAAGCAGUGACUCGGAUAGUUCAAGUUCUGUUCCAACCACUGUCGUUCGCGUGAACUCUCAAAUUCACUCUCUUCAGAGUGCCAAAACAAAUCGUAUUGGGGGCAGGACCAAGACGAGCAUCGCUUCCAGAACACGCCGUAGUCGACAUUCUGCUAGCCAUCUGAUUCGUGGACUAAGUCCUGUUACAGGGCCACCAUGGGAGUCAUUGAAUCAGGGGCUGCCUCCCACCUCGAAUGGUUGUCUUGAGCGUACCAUCAAAGCCUCGGUGAGCCGGGGUGUAGUUACAGUGCAUGCCGAAAGCCCAGUGGAGGCAGGUGAGUCAACUUUAAAUGAAGCCAGCGGCGAUCUACUUGAGUCUUCUGACAGCUGUACGGAAGCUGAUCCAGACACUCCAGAUUUUGGGUUCCUCACUCCACAGAAGUGUAAUAGCCUUGGACUCAAUGCGGACGACUAUAGCAGAGAGGUCACACGAUGA